CCGAAAGAGUCACAGAAAGUGACGGGCAGCGGAGACUUGACGAUAAUCGACCAAAGACCCUCACCAGCACCUGGUUGGACUCCUGCCUUUUACUGUCGCCCUUUCCUGCUGCUCCGACCACUGCAGCCAUGGCGUCCGAUAUGACGGCGCCCAUCUUGGACGCCCUGUCCUCGGCCGACGGUCCGAUUCUCUCGACAGAAGCUUUCCCCUCCACCCCCUCAUUGACGAUCAAGGCCGCCCUCGACCGCCUCGCCUCGAGGCAGAUGGUCGAAUAUACCACCUUUGACAAAGAGGUCAUCGCGCUGACGGAUGAAGGAGAGUCUGUUGUGACCAAUGGCAGUCACGAAGCAAGAGUUUUCGAGGCUGUCGUCGCCGCCUUGGACGGCUUGAAGAUCGGAGAUCUGCCUGGUAUCGUGGGAAAGGAGAAUGCAAAGAUCGGACAGGGCAACGCCUUCAAGAGAGGAUGGAUCAAGAAGGACAAGGAUGUGCUGCGGGCCAACACCGAUUCCAUCCGCGACGAGACCCGCGAGCAGUUGCAGAUUAUCAAGGAUACCCACACACAUCCGGACGCGAAGGUCGUUACGGACCUGAAGAAGAGGAAGCUUGUGACGCCCACAAAGGUCAUCCACUUCAAGAUUUCGAAAGGUCCCAAGUAUGCCCGAGAGUUCGUCAAGGAGGAGACCGACCUGACAGCCGAGAUGCUGGCCAACGGCUCUUGGAAGACCGCACACCUGAAGCCUUACAACUUCAAGGCAAAGGGUGCCCCGACCCCUAGCGGUGCACUGCACCCCUUGAACAAGGUGCGACAGGAGUUCAGGAAUAUCUUCUUCGAGAUGGGUUUCGAGGAGAUGCCCACGAACCGCUUCGUCGAGACCGGCUUCUGGAACUUCGACGCUCUUUUCGUGCCCCAGCAGCACCCUGCCCGUGAUCUCCAGGAUACUUUCUACAUUGCAGACCCCGCCAAGGCUGAUCCUCCUCGCGAAGAUCCCCCGAAUGACCCUCACGUCCCCAAGCCUUCUUCGCAGCUGACUUCGACGAAAGCUACCGAGAAGCCGCUGGACUACAAGGAGUACUGGGAGAAUGUUCGUGCUGUGCAUGAGAAUGGAAAGUACGGCUCCAUCGGUUACCGUUAUCCAUGGAGCGCAGACGAGUCUCUCCGCCUGGUUCUGCGAACUCACACUACAUCCGUCUCGACAUACAUGCUGCACAAAUUGGCGGCUAACCCCCGGCCAGCCAGAUACUUCAGUAUCGACCGGGUGUUCCGUAACGAGGCUGUCGAUGCUACCCAUUUGGCGGAAUUCCACCAGAUCGAGGGUGUCAUUGCUGACUUUGGUCUCGCCCUGGGUGGCCUGAUUGGCUUCAUGGAGGUCUUCUUCGCCAAGAUGGGCAUCCAUCGGCUGCGCUUCAAGCCCGCAUACAACCCGUACACAGAACCCAGUAUGGAGAUCUUCGGUUACCACGAUGGUCUCGGAAAAUGGGUCGAGAUCGGUAAUAGUGGUAUGUUCCGACCAGAGAUGCUGGAACCCAUGGGUAUUCCCAAGGACAUGAGAGUCUACGGAUGGGGUCUGAGUUUGGAACGACCGACCAUGAUCAAGUACGGUGUCAGCAAUAUCCGAGAACUGCUCGGACACAAGGUCGACCUCAACUUCAUCGCGACGAACCCUGCCGUGCGCCUCGAGAAGGAAUAAGACGAUCAAAAAAAAAACAGAGAGAGAGAAGAAAAACAGAAAAAAGGACUACAUACCCGUUUUUAAAUAUUCUAUGUAGUUGCACACAGACAUAGAAACGAAACUAGAGUAAAAAGAAACCAAAAAGGGUAGAAUGAGCAUCACGAAUGAAUGGCGAAAGACAAAGAAAAAAAAAAGAUCAUAUUACACUCAUGGACAUAUUUCCUAUUUAAGCUACGAUUCGACGAAUAUAUCGGAUGAAGCCAGUUGGAUCUAUAUUUACAUACUUCAGGGACCAUUAAGUCGCAGCUUUCAAUUCCCUUGAGCAUACAUAUCCCACUCCAAUAGACAAAUCCUCACCUAGCAAAAAAGAAUUCACCAGAUAUCCAGCCAAUAUUCGAGAGACGGCAAAAUAACCAUACCCUACAGACAGUAGACGGUGAUACAUUACCAAGCACAGGGGAAAUUUUUAUAAAAU